AAUAAAAUAGCUUAGGGGGUUUGAGAAGGGCUCCAGCAUCCAUCUUUGAUCAAUUUGAGGUCGUGGGGGCCUAAAGAGUCAAAGAAAAUGAGUGAUGUGGGCAAUGGGGCAGGACACCGGGUGGUAUUGCUGGGAAUGUUGCUAGUGCAGGCUAUUGCAACAGGUUUGCAGCUUCUGUCAAAGGUCAUUCUCGGACAUGGAACCUUCGUUUUUGCUCUUAUGACAUAUCGCCACAUUGUCGCAACUUUUUGCGUUGCCCCCGUCGCUUUCGUUCGGGAAAGGGUCUUCUCUUUGUACUAAACAGAGCAAUAAAAUAUAUAUAUAUUUUUUCUUUAUAUUAUUUUCUAACAUGGUAUCGGAGCGUGGGAAACCACAAAUAUCAAGGAAAGUGGAAACCCAAAAAUAUAAUCCAAAAAUCAGCAGCACCACCACAAAUAAAUAGCAACGGAAAUAAAAUAAAGAACACACAAUUUACGUGGAAACCCCAAAUCGGGGAGAAAACCACGGCGCUCAACAACGGCUCCCAAACUUCCACUAAUCACCAAGAAUCAAGUGGGUACGACAAGUUCUCCUCUCUAGUAAACACUAGAGGAAACACUAGAGGCAAACACAAUCAUCAAGGAGCAACCUUGGAACAACAACAAUCAACAAUUCACCAUAAAAUGGAGUAAAAACUCCCAAAAACGCAUGUCUGAAAACGCAGCAAGAAAAUCACCUUCCGGGCAUCAAAACGAGAAACUGACCGUUGGAUUUGAAGAGGAGUAUGUGAGGAACAACAUACUAAAAUUUGAGCACAAUCGGACUUCUUUUAGCCUUCGAUCCGGACUGAAAACGGGGCUGCUGCAUCGUGUGGCGGAAAUUCCUUUUUCUCCUUCUUUCCUGCGUUUAGCUAUCGACUGCCACUGCCUUUUU